AUGGCUGGUGGUGAGGAGACGCGGAAAUCUACGGAUUCUUUAGCUCAGGAGAGUUCCAUUAUUGAUACAUUUGCUCCUGAAGCUAGGUUCGAGUGUCCUAUUUGUUUGGCUUGGCUUAGGGACCCUGUUGUUACUGCCUGUGGUCACAGAUUUUGCAGGGGAUGCAUUUAUUCUUGGCUUGAGCGCGAACAUGCUUGCCCUGUCGAUAAUAUGAAAUUAGAUGUGGAAAAGGACAUAUUCCCCGACAACUUCACUAGAAGAGAAAUUUCUCAGCAAAAAGCAAGGUGUCCCUAUAUCGUUCGUGGUUGCAUAGAAGAAUUAUCUCCUCUGGAUGUGGAAUCUCACAUGAUUAUUUGUAAAUUUAGACCCCCUGAACUGCCGGAAAACGAAAAAUUGCGCUGCCAAUUUGUUGAUGUUGGGUGUACUGAUAAGUUUGAGGACGAGCCCGAGUUACAGAGACAUUUAGAAAGUGAGGUUACAAAGCAUUUAUCGCUAUUAUCGCAAGCUUACACGAAAAUAACUAUAAGUAAUCAAGCAUCAACAAGUGCUAUAGCACAGCAGGCAAAUUUCUGGGAUCCCCCUGCAAAAAACGAACAAGUUUCUACAAGUGAAGCUGAUGAAGGCGUGAAUGCUUUACUAAGGGCAAUGUACGAGAAAAUUGUGGUUCUAGAGCAAAAAUCCAGGGAACAAGACAUAAUAAUAUCGAAUAUGUCCGAACAAAUCAAUUCGUUAAACUUAUCGAUGUCUAAAAUGCAAUUAAGACAUUGCAAUGGCUGUUAUUUGUGGUAUAUCAACGAUUUUAAGAACAAAAUAAAGGAUAUGCAGAAAGACCAUCAUCUUAUGUUUUAUAGUCCUGGAUUUUAUACCUCUGCUAAUGGAUAUAAAUUGUGUGUACGGCUAAAUUUAUCACCCAGAGACCCAAAUUAUAUCGCUAUAUUAAUUCAUAUGAUGAAAACUGAGCAUGAUAACACAUUAGAAUGGCCAUUUAGUGGGAGAUUAUCAAUAACAGUUAUCCAUCCAAUUGAAUCCUAUAGAAAUAUCAAAGAAACUAUGAUGACACGUCCGGAGUUGGAAGCGUUUAAACGCCCUGUACAGGAUUUAAAUCCCCGAGGGUUUGGUUAUACCGAGUUUGUCUUGGUGGAAGACCUAAAAAUUCAGGAAUUUAUGAGGAAUAAUACUCUUGUUAUUAAAGUGCAAGCUCAACCUGUCUAA